UUGGCCAAAUUGCAAGAAAAGGGAAGGAGAAGCGGGUGUCCCUCUGAGCUGCCCAGGCUCCUCACAUUUUCCUUUGGGCUGAUCUCUCCACCUUGACAUGGAUCCAGCUGUUGCCUUCCUCCUCCUCCUCCUCCUCUUCACCUUCCAAGCUACAAGUGCAGACAGUCCUACAGCGACCCACGCUGAAUUAGACCCCAAAGGUGUGGGGCACUCGGUCAAUCUUCCUGUUGUGGUUCCAAAAGGGACCACUUUCUCGGGUCUCAAAUUGAGGUCCCUCGGCCCGCCCAGCAAGGCCGUUGCUAUGUGGGAGCAAGGGAAGCCCCUCACGGUCCUCGACCCCAGAUAUUCCGAAAGGGUGUCCUUCCUGGAGGAGGAGCCUGCCUUCCAAAUCCAAAACCUCACCUUGGAAGACGGAGGAAGCUAUGAGGUUUCGAUGUUCACCCCGGAGGGCUCCACCAUGCUGAAUCGCUACACGCUCUUCGUCUUCCACAUCAACAUCACGGGAGAAAGGCUGGCCAACAGUUCCUGCAACCUCAAUUUGCUGUGUGAGGCCGGAGCUGGAGCCAAAGCUCGGGUGGCCUACUCCUGGAAGAAUACAAAAACGGGGGACACGGCUUCUGACAACGCCCGGCUGCACCUCACCUUGAGCGCCAAGAGCAAAGAUGACUCUUACACCUGCUCUGCGCAGGCCUUGGGGACCCUGAAAGCUUGGGAAGUCUUCCCCUAUGCAUCGUGCCCAACAUCUGCCGCUGCAGGACUUUCCGCUGCCAGCCUGUUCUUCUACCAUGUUGCCAGAGCUGUUUUGGCACCUGCCAUCAUCGCUGUCUUCAUGCUCCUGUGAAUAACCAGUGGUUCUCCAGCUGCUUCCUGAGUGAAGGGUGGAAGUCCAGCCGCCUCCUGUCUCUUUCCAAUGCUACCACUUCUCGUCCGCCCCUUGCUCUGGUUCCCCUUGACAGUCAAACCUCGGUUGUCGAACGUAAUCCAUUCCGGAAGCCUGUUUGACUUCCGAAAUGUUUGACAACCGAGGCGUACCUUCCAAUGGGUCACUUCUUGCACUCAAGCAGAAGCCGCGUUGGAUGUUCGGGUUCUGAAAAAUGUUCGUAAACCAGAGCAUUUACUUCCCAGUUUUCAGCGUUUGGGAGCCGAAAUGUUCGAAAACGGAGCCGUUCAAGAACCAAGGUUUGACUGUAUUAGGAAAUGAGAGAGAUAAAGAAAGAGAGGGGGAGAGGGAGAGAGAGAGAGAGAAGAAGAAGAGGUCUGAAUUAACAUUCGCUAAUUAUGCCCCGUGAUCCAGCUGGUUCCUCCCCCCAUUCCUCUGCAUCCAACCAGUCCCUAGCAGGGAGGCACACCUCAGGAUCUGCUGAGAUUCCUGUACUGAAGGGGGUUGGACUAGAUGACCGCUGGGUCCCUCCCAACUCUGCAGUUCUGUGAUUCCCGCAUGCUUUGGUGUUCCCAGGCAACAUGUUUCUAUUUCCCAGUGCUGAUCCUCUGAAACCACUGCCUUCCUAUGUCCCUAUGUUAAAUCAGCCCUUUAUGGAGAACCAUGAAGUUAGAACAAAGGCUGUAACUCAGCAGUAAAACAGGCUGAAGGCCCCAUGUUCAACCCCCAACAGCAUCUCCAGCCAGGGCUGGUCUGAAACCCCAGAGAGCCAUUGCUGGUGCCCUCAAACUGGUGCUAAACUGCAGGUUGCUGGGAUCCUUCCUUGAGGUUCAAUCCAAUAGGGGGCAGGGGGCAAGGGUUGGCAGGCCUGGGGAUCCUCCAAGGACCCACAUCCCCGCAGUUGGCAUGGGGAGAAACAAUCAAUCCAUUCCACUCUUCUCAGUGUCUUCAGUCUUAAAUUAGUUCUCUGCUUUCCUUGCAGCAAUUUGCCAUUUUAUUUUAUUUCUUUAAAAUCCUCAUGGAAAUUGCCUUGCCUUUUAAUGUGAAUUCCUCCUAAUGGAGGCUGUAUUAAACUAAAAUACCUGGGUUGGGGGUUCCCCCAACCUCCCCCAGGCAUUCUUGCAUGUUAUUUCCCUGCUACAAUAUGUUAAUGUGAAAGAACCAUUUCCCUUAAUAGAUGCUUCUUCUGUGGGUGUUUUUUGUUUUUUGGAGGGGGGGGGUGGUAAAAUAUUCUUCAGUUGGAGAACUGCAUUGCAAAAUUCAGAUCAGUUUGGGUUUCAAAAGAUGGGUGUAUUUUGGUUCUUGUACAAUUUCAGAAAGUGCUAAUUUCACCAAUUUGACUUUUUCUUGCUGCUUCUCUGUCCAGCAAGCAAGUGGGAGCAGCAGGAAUAAGGAAAACAAGGAUGAGGCGAAAAGAGGACCAAAGGGGGGGGGUAGGAUCACCCAACGCCCUGCAAAACCCUGGAUCUGGCCCUGUUCAACCCAUUUGGUAGUUUCCUGGCAGGUCACCAUCUUUGCAUGCAGAAGGUUCCAGGUUUGAUCUCCGAUGACAUCUCAAACCUCAGAGAGUCACUGCUGGCCAGUGCAGUCCAGACUUCCCCAACGUGGUGCCCUCAGGAUGCUCCUCGACUCCGCAGAUCCCAUCAGCCCCCAGCCAGCAUAGCUAACAGCAGAGGGCGAUGGGGAUGGUAUCCAGAAACAUCUGGAUGGAAAAAGAAUCUGGAAUUCUUUCGUUGCAACUCCUGCGUCACAGGGGGUUGGGCUAGAAGACCCUUGGGGGUCCCUUCCAGCUCUACGAUUCUGAGAUGUGGCGAGGGAACUUGAGAGGCCCCUCUUGGGUUUCCCUAAGGGGUUUCAUCCACAACCCUGGCAGUAUUGUGUCAUUGUCGGUUAAUAACUCUGGGUUGAAUAAAGAACUCUAACCUGUCCAGCAGAUGGCAGCAAUAAACUGUGUUGGGUUCUACAAGAGCUUUUUCUCCCCUCUUAUGUGAUUUCUUUCAAUGGCAGGGCAUAUCCCACAGGGGAAAGGAGUUUGUGAGUGUGUCUGGGGGGGAGAAAGGGAUCAUUAUGACCCAGCCUAAUGAGGAACAGUUGAGGGAGUUGGGGAUGUUUAGCCUGGAGAAGAAAGACUGAGAGGUGACAUGAGAACCUUCUUCAAAUACCUAAAGGGCUGUCACAGGGAAGACGGAGCAAGCUUGUUUUCUGCAGCUCCACAGCGGGAGACCUGAAGCGAUGGAUAAAAAGUGACAAGGACGGAGAUUCUGACUCAACAUGAGGGAGAACUUUCUGACGGUAAGCGCCGUCUCCUACUUUGGGAGUUUUUUAAUGCAGGUGGGAUGGCCAUCUGCCAGGGAUUCUUGCACUAUGAUUGUAUUGCAGGGGGGUUGGACUAGAUGACUCUUGGAGUUCCCUUCCAACAAUUCUAGGAUCAGAAAAGGGGAUGUCUGCCAGGUUGAGUUUCUGCAUUGCUCCGAUGGCUGUGCAAGGAGGCCCCGAGUUGGGAAUGCGCCCCUUUUGCACCUCAAGAGGGUUAGGAAGUUCUCCCCUGGGCUGGGUCAGAUGAAGGCAGGAGCUGCUGCCUCAAUGGUGUAGCGAUUCAGGUUGCAAAAUGUCAAGAGGGGCAUCGUUUGAACUUUGGUGACCCUUGGAUCAUGGCCCUCCUCUGCCGCAGGUGAGGGCGACUGAUUUCGUGGAUCGGGUGUGGGUGUGUAGGUGUAGGGUGCUGUUUUGUGAUGGCACCAUUGGCACACUUCUAUCAAGAUGUGACAACCAGCUCGCCCAGUGCUUUUUUUCCUG